AUGCCUAAUAACGUAGACCAACUGUGCACUUCUCUUUAGACUGCUGCAAGUCCACGGAGCAUGUUAUAAAAAGAUAGGUUCCAGUAAUAGCUUACAGUAAACGUUAUUUGUGACGCAGCCAGGCAUACGAUGCAAUACUUUUCAGUUUUACGCCGCCUAUAAACCGUUUUCCGUGUUUUAGCUACCCAGGAUACCGGGGACUAAAUGGAAAAUUCUAAAUUGAAAGUAUUCUGUGCUUUAGCUGUUUUUGGAUUCCUGCAAAAUGUUCUUCCGAGUCUGAGUUUCAGUGUGGACACCGACAAUCCAAAAAUUUUCAAACAUUCCGUCCCUGGGUUCGGUUACCAAGUGUGUCACUUUGGGUCUGCAAACAGCGACAGCCUGCUGGUCACCUCUCCUGUUCUGGACAAUGUCACUGGUGUGGUGUACAAGUGCUCCUACAAUUCCGGCUCCUGUGAAGGACUGAAAGUGGGGGAUCAUGGGAUUGCGCUGGGUUUGUCGCUGACUUGUGAUGGCAGUAGGGCUGUGGUAUGUGGACCGCACCUCUCACACGACUGUGACAGCUUUUCCUUCCUAAAUGGCCAGUGCAUGGAGCUAAGUCCGCAGUUCACUCUCCUCGAUGUCCAGAAGCCGGCGUUUCAGGAAUGCCGCGAUUUCAGCCUGGACGCUGUGAUUCUAUUCGACGACUCACAGAGCAUCAAAAAGCAGGACUUUGCCACCAUGAUCAUCUUCAUCAAGAAUAUCAUCAGAAUGUUCACAGACCCCCGCACGCAGGUAGCAGUAGCUCAGUACUCCACCAGCUAUUUCGCCGUCUUCCACUUUGAGAACUUUGCUGUCGAACGGAACCCGGAUGUGCUGCUCAGAGAGGUCCAUCAGUCCCAGGGGCAGACCUUCACCCCGUCCGCCAUCCGCUACGUUCUCACGGAAAUGCUGGUCCAGGAGAGGGGAAUGAGGCCGGACUCCAAGAAACUGCUGGUGGUCAUCACCGACGGUAGAUCCAAUGACCCCAGAAACACUUUCGAUGCAGUGAUACCGCUAGCGGAGAAGAUGGGCGUGGUCCGAUAUGCCAUCGGGGUCGGGAAGGACUACUCCAUCGGGGAGCUGCGGCAGAUCGCAUCCUCUCCCAGCAACGUAUUCGAGUCGGACAGCUUUGAUGCCCUCAACUCCAUCCAAGAACAGGUGAAGGAGAAGCUUUUUUCCAUCGAAGGUACCAGUAAGUCCACCUCCACAGCCUUCCAGAUGGAGCUGUCCCAAGGUGGUUUCAGCACCCUGCUCACACAGGACACUAAGUUGUUUGGAGUGGUGGGGGCGUAUGAGUGGUCAGGGGGCAUUGUGGAGCAGCCUCCUGGGGCUAAUAGCUCCUUCAUCAACGCCUCGGCGCAGGAGCCGGACAUCAAGGACUCUUACCUGGGCUACUCUUUAGCAGUGGCCCAGGUGCAUGGUAGCAUGGUGUACUUCGCUGGUGCUCCCCGGUUCCGGCACAUGGGCCUGGUGCUGGGAUUUCAAUGGCAGCCCACCCAGAACCAGUGGGCCAUCACUCAUCGGAUCUACGGGACGCAGCUGGGCUCCUACUUCGGGGCAGUCCUUGGUGUGCUACCCGUCUCGGGCCAGGCCGGGACAAACCCGGUGCUGCUGGUGGGGGCACCCCACUUCCACGGCCCGGGAGUGGGAGGGGAGGUGCGGCUCUGUGCCCUCGAUUCUGGGCCUGCAGAAUGCCCCCGCUUCCUCCGAGGCUCCCCCGGGAAUGAGAUGGGUCAGUUUGGGGCGUCUCUGUCCACUACGCCUGACCUCAGCGGGGACGACCUUCCUGAGGUGGCGGUGGGGGCACCGCUGGAGGAUGGGGGGAGGGGUGCUCUGUACCUCUUCCUGAGUCGUCCGGGAGGCCUUGACACGAAGCACAGCCAGAGGAUUCUGGGAGCGCGUUUGGACCAGAAGCUGCACUAUUUUGGGUUGUCCCUGCACUCAGAUGGGGACCUGAGCUCGGACGGGCUGUCGGACUUGGUAGUGGGGUCUCGAGGUGCCGCCAUCGUGCUGAGGUCGCAGCCAGUGGUAUGCGUGCGGCCCGCGGUCACGCUGCACCCCGCCGUCAUUCCGCAGGACGCCUUCCACUGCGCGGCCUUCCAUGAUUACAGUGCGCCCGUCUCCAUGGCGACAGUGUGCGUUACUGUAGUCCCAGUUCACACGGGGAGAGUACGAGGUCCCUUUCCGAUGGAAGUGUCCAUGUCGAUGUCUCUGGACAGUGGGAUGGAGCCUCCUCGCCUUCACCUCGUCAAAUCCUCCUGGAGAGAAAAUGUCUCAGAAAGCACUGCAGUGUGCUUCAACGUGACCAUCAACAUCCCGGAGUGUAUAUCUGACUACACGGCUGUGCCUUUCUCGGGGGAGCUCACAGUGGGGGGGCACCAAGUGGAGGGCACGGGCGGGCUGAGAUCUGUCCUGAGCCCCAGCUGCCCCACCUCCUUCACACACCCGGUGUCGCUGGAGGAGGUCUGCGGUGACGACUACGUGUGCGUCUCAGACCUCCAGGUGACCUUGAACGUCUCCAGCCUAGUGGUCAUCAAAGCGCUCGAUUUCCCGGUGGAUCUCGUGGUCCACGUGUCCAACCAGGGUGAAGACGCGGCAGGGGCGGCCCUGACGCUGACCUCCCCGUCCUCGCUGUCUUUCAGCCAGGCCACUAAGGGAUUGGGGCAGGUCAGUCUGCGGUGCACGUCCAACCGUCUCAGUCUCAGCAACGUCACACAGACUGUCUGCCAGCUGGGCUCCUACGCGCUCAGGCAGAUGAUGUCGAUGGCUGUGCGAGUCUCACUGCAGGUGUCUGAUCCUAUGCAAGUGGAGGACGGCAUGACUGUCACCGUGUCCAUCAGCAGCACGAACGAGAACAACACCACCCUCCAGGACAACUCGGCUGCCAGCCUCAUUUCCACGCGGCUCCCUGUCAACGUGCUUCUUAAAGAGAAGGACUCCACUCAUUACCUGAACUUCCCAGAGAACAUCACGCUGGAGCACGCGUACAUGGUGGAGAACGUUGGGGAGACGGAGGUCCCUCUCAACGUCAGCUUCAUUUUGCCUCUUGAUCUGGGCUCUGGCUUCAGGUGGAAUGUGUCUCUCAGGAAAGAGGGUCACCCCACUACCGCCUGCACCAACACCAACAUCUCCACCCCCUCUACGCAGCACUGCAGCGUCCCACCCUGCCGCCUGACUUACUGCGUUGUCCCACGUCUCCUACCGGGGACCCACAUCACUUUCACGUUCGACGGAAACGUCAGUUCAGACUUUGAGGUCCCGGGGGCCAAUGUGCGAGUGGCCACCUGGGCCAACAUGUCGUUCGACCAAGCCCGGUAUAUCCAGUACCCCGCGGACCUGGCUCAGAACCACUCCCUUGUGACUGUGCUGGAAACAGCCCCCAGAACCAACAAGGCUGCAGUCAUCGCCGGCAGCAUCUUUGGGUCGCUGCUGUUCCUGGUCGUCAUCGCCAUCAUCCUCUACAAGAUCGGCUUCUUUAAGUCCAAACAUGAGAAUGAACCCGAGACAGAGGGACCCACGUCGCCCCCUGAUGACAAAGAGACGGUACUGUAGCCCAGAGCACCCAGCUUUCAUAAAAGCACGCUGAAGCUGAAGCUGAAGUCCUGCACUGAGCCAGCAGUUUACACAGCUACAGCUGCCCGGCAGUGUGGUGUCCUCACGUGUGCCUGUGUGAACGGCAUCAUCUGUGUCUCUUUUUACUAGACAGAAACACCCCCCACCUUUAUCUUGGUUCGCCUAUCCUGGUGCUUUUUAAUUUAUUGACAUCUUAACAUCACUAUUUUGUGACACUGUGCUUGUGUUCAAUUCCGGCUUUUUUACUCAUGUGAAUAAAAGGGAUCUGAACAUAA